AUGGGGCAGAGUGUAGAAUAUUACGUAUCAGGUAGCACAGAGAAGUUGCUGGGCGUGGCAAACAAAACUGAAGCAAUGCUUGCAGAAAGCAAGAUGGAAAACAUCCUUUCCAAGGAAAAGAUAAACAGCUUGAAUCAGGAUUUGGACGAGGCUAGGAAAGCAUAUGAUGUGGCGAGACAGAAUAUUGAAAAAUCGGAGGAACGCAUUAAUCAGAUAUCUGAAAAGCUCUGUGGACAUGAAAAUGAGCGUGAUGCUUUGCUUUUAAAAAUAGCAGAGAAAGAGUUAAUUGUUGCGGAAUUGGGAAAUCAGAAGUCCAUGAACGAAGAGAAAAUAAGACAUCUUGAGGAUUCAUUAAAAGAGGCAGUUGAUAAAUCGUCUACGCAGAUGCGAAGUUUCCAAGCUACUUUAACUAUUUUUUUAAACAAACUUUCAUUGUUGAGCACUAUUUUAGAUGAAAAACUUGAGCAAAAUGAGUUAAGAAGAAAAAAUGAAGAAAUAAUGAAGCAGUUAAAUAAUCUAAUGAAAUCCGAAAGUAAUGCAAAUUCCAGAGCAACACGCGCAGAAGACCUAGUACAUGAAAACGAAUGUGAAAUCGAGGUCCUUCAACAGCGGCUAAGAACCCUUGACGCCUCCUCUGAAUCUACUCUGAGUCGAUUGUAUGCAAAGGAGAAAGAGUUCGAGGCUCUUAUGAAAAAGAAAGAGGAUAUUAAUUUUGAAUUGGAAUCUAGUAGAAGCCAAAUCCGAGACUUGAAUAAAGGUAUACAACAAUUGGAGCAAGAGAGAAACGAGGCUAUAAAAAAAAGUGAUGAAAUUGCAAAAGAACUUGUUUAUGCGCUUGAGCAGCAACAAAACCAGCAAGAAAAUACACUGAUGCAAAAGUCAAAAGAAUUAGAAUUAUUGCAAAACUCAAAUGAGGAGCAGAAAAAUAUGUUCAUAAAGGAUAACAAGAAAAUGGUAUGUUAG